CAUUGCUAGGCAAGUUAAAAAUUAAAAAUUUAAAAAAUUCGACUCCGAUACUAGAGAAACUGGCGGGGAAUCUCAGAACCCCCUAUUUAAACACCCGCCAAUACGCAAUCCAGCAAAUUGUCCAAGGGAGCAGACAGUAGACCGUUACCACAGACUACGAAGUGUCUGUCGUUAUUUCGAAACAAAUCGUUAAAUUGAACGGGAUUUCAAUAAAAUUACACACAAAAAUGACGUCUAUCGUAAGAAUUAAACGUAGGCAAAGUCAGGAACCAGCUGAAGCCCUUGUUCUUGCAACCAAACGUAUUAAAGUGGAAGGUUCUGAACAGGCAGUUGAAGAGAACAUUUUCAGAUUUUGUGGAUCUACAGAGAAUGAGGAAGAAAAUUUGCAAAAUAUUGCUAAAUUGGUUGAAAAGGGAAAGUUGUUGUCUCACCGUCAAACUCUAAAGGCUUAUAAAAGCUCUUCAUUUCAGUCAAGAAAAGAAGAAAGUUCAGUUGCUAUAAACAGUGAAAAGAAAUAUAAGGUUCUCAACACAUUCCGGGAUCUUGAUGCCACAAAUACGAUGAAAGUUUAUGACCUUGUACUUGAAGAACAUGAAAAAGGUGAAAUUGCCACUUGCAAUGGAAUCCCUCUUGUUGUAGAGAAGUGUGAAGUAUUGAAAGAAAAUGAGAAGGAGUGUGUCUUUGAUUUGUACUACUGUGAAGGAGGAACAUUUGAUGACUCUUACAUUGAUCGUCUCAUGAGUGUUCAACCCUAUUACAACUCUGGAGAUCAUGAAGACAGUGAAACCGACCACAGUGACGAUUCGAAUGAUGAAAACAACUACCGCAAUGAAUAUCCUGAUACAGAUCCCGAUGAAGAACAAGGAAGUGAUGAAGAUGUUAUUGGGAAAAUGUCUGGAAUGUAUUUGGAUGCAACUAACGAAUUGUCGUCUGAUGAUGACGAUUUUAUCUACUCAAAAGACGACUAUCCCCGACACGGUGAUGCCUACGCCAAUUUUAAGAUACGGGUAAUGAAGGAUUUGCAAGGGAGUGAUUACGAGAGCGACAGCGAUGACCAGUCAGACGACCAGAUCGUUGAGUGUUUAGAUUAAAAGUAUAUUGCUUGAUCGGAAAACUUAUUUUAAACCUUUUCAUGUAAGUAAAUUCUCUAAAUGUGCAUGUCGGGUUGGAUAUGUUCUCAUUUAAUAUGUUAAACAAAAUUGUAUUAUACAAAUUUUUCUUAAAAAAUAGCGCAUUGAUUUAA